GAUGCCCAGAUCGGAUUCCUCGUGGUCCUCUUCUUUGUGAUUGUGAUCGGCAACGCCAUCGUUCUCACGGCCAUCGCCCUCUCCAAGGAACGCCGACGAUCCCGGAUGAACAUCUUUAUCAUGCAUCUGGCUCUCUGUGACCUUCUGAAUGGACCACUGAUUGUUCUGUCGGACCUAAUCACCAAGAUCACCGUCUACUGGUACGCUGGAGUCGUCUUUUGUAAGCUACACAAGUUUGCCCAGGUAUUGGUCAUGUAUGCCUCCACCUACAUGCUGGUAGCCCUCAGCAUCGACAGGCUGGACGCAGUUGCUCGGCCACUUCACUUUACCGGAAGCUGGCUUCGUGUGAAAAUCCUAAUAGUUGUGGCCUGGGUUCUCUCAUGUAUGUUUGCCAUACCAGAGCUGGUCUUGUUUGAUGUCACGGAAAUCCAAGGGGGGCCAAUGUGUAGCAUUGACUUCACUUCGGCGUUGUCUUGGCAAGUCUACAUCAGUCUAGUGGCAGCCUCCGUGUUUUUCAUACCUGCUUUUAUCAUCCUGGUAUGUUACAUCGCCAUCAUCGUCCUCAUCUUCAACAGCAGCCAUCUCAUCAACAACGUCACCAGGAAAAAUAGUACCAAAGAUGGAGAAUUGCUGCGAGAAAACAGCACGAGACGGGACAGAACUACCAACUGUCAAAGUUCAAGGGGGAUAAUCCCACAGGCAAAAAUUAGAACUAUUAAAAUGACUUUUCUUAUCGUUCUUGUGUUCAUCCUCUGCUGGAGUCCGUACUUUAUAUUCAACCUGUGUCACGUAUUUGGCGCUCUUCCAAACACACCGACGAUUGAAAAGUUCACAACAUUUAUACAGAGUAUGGCCCCGCUGAACUCUGCGGCCAAUCCUAUAAUAUACGGGAUUUUUAGUACAAGGGUGUGUCGUUAUAUUAAGUACAAGCUUAUCACAUGUAGACUGACAAACAAAAUAUCACUAAACAUGAACGGUACAUUACAAGAACUAACUUUUGCUGAUUUAAUUUCUGUUAUUUCCUUCCACAGACUAACUGGGGAGGUAAGACACAGUAUCUCACUUAACGGCUGCACGAGAAUUCCCUUGGUGAAACAGCAACUGACGGAGGCAGACAGAGAGUUGUUGUCCAUGCAUAUACGAACUCCUUUCGUUGCAGACGCAGUUUGA